AUGGCCGAUAAACUCCGCACACUUCAGCAACUCGAGUCGCUCCAGGCCAAAUACGUCGGCACUGGUCACGCAGACACCAGCGCAUAUGAAUGGAAGAACAAUAUUGUCCGAGACUCUUACGCAUCCUACGUCGGCCACCCUCCUCUUCUGGCAUACAUGGCGCUGGGGAUGGGCGAGAGCAAAGAGGUAGUCCGUGGUCAAUUGAUUGAGAAGAUGAUUCGAGCAAGCGGUCCUCCGCCAGCAAGAGAAGAGGAUUGA